UUCACACACGUACAUGCCAGGUACCCACCGCAUCCUCUAAUAUACCGCUCUCUCCCCACGGACGUCAUACCGGAGCGGCCUUUUCCUUUCGACCUGCAACUUCUCGACUUUUGCUAGCGGCCAUUCGACAUUGCACAUCGCCAUUUGAGGAACCAAUUUCGCAUCAGGUUUUUUCUUCCCCCUCUGGCUCCGCGACCGCGUGCGACGCUAUCACCGACCCAUUCGCUCUUUUACUUCCGACCGCUCUAUGAGGCGCCAAAGCUCGGCUUUCCCCCACCUGACCUACGCUCGUUAAGGAAGUUCAGGCUCCUUCAGCUGAAUUACGGCAGAAGAAGAAGAAAAAAGAGACAGGCGUCGCAAAGCAGCAAUACGAGGGCGAGGAUUUUCGGACCUUUCGAUUGCUCGCCAAGAAGAGACUGGGUUUGGGAGACCACCCACAACUACUGAACACCAACUCGGUAUCGCUGUCACUAGGCAGCGCGCAGAUCUGCUAUCCAAAUGUUUCGCCAAAGAACAAGCGCCCAAAAACCCGGCGAUGAACUGCUGGCCACUUUUCGAAAGCAGUUCCCCGAGGUAGCUGUUACGACCACGGCCCCAGUUGGCGCCGCGAGCGCCGCCGUCGAUAAUGCGGGCAUGAUUCCGUCCAUCCCGGGAGUGCAAGAAAGAAGCCACAGCCUCAGCCAUGAGGCUUUCAGGGAUCAAGACCCAACACCCAGAGCCACGAAUGAACCAUGGAGGUUCACCCCAUCGCUGCUUGACCCCAACUCUUUCUCCUUCACCAACUUCGCCAAUGCGCCGCCCGGUUACUACACUCCCACACCGGGAGGCACCAACACCAUCUAUCAUCCCCAAGCUGGUGACUUGCACACACCCACCCUGGGGCUCGGCAUGGGUCUCGGGACACCUCUGUCGAUGCCCACAUCUGAAGGGGCAAUGCACGCUGGACAGCCCAUGAUGGACCUCGCUGGCUUCCAAGGAAUGCAAGGAAUGCACCACCCUCAGCAGUUUCAGCAACCGUUCAAUCCCUUCAUCCAGCCUCCGGCACACCAGCAAUCCUUCGCUCCCUCCUCAUUUGUUCAUCAAGACACUGGGUACGAGACCAUGGAGCAAGAUGGAUCGCCAAUGAACUCUGAUCCAUCUGAAGAGCGAAUGGCUUCUAUCGACAGCGCAUUUCACAACUCGCCUAUGGUCGGUUUUCAGGGACGCCAAUUCGGAGGCAUGCCCAUGGCUGCGGUUAUACCACUAUCUGCUGAGAAGUUCCGGUUCCACGCUACUCUCAAUGCCCCUACCGCUAUGAUCAAGCACGCUGAUGAGAUUCCCGUCACGUAUCUCAACAAGGGCCAAGCUUACUCUCUGUCUGUCAUCGAUACCAAUGCUACAAUGCCCGUGGCCCCGGGUACCAAGUUUCGAACGUUUGUCCGAAUCUCUUUCGAAGACGAGCAGCAAAGACAGAAACCCGGCGUCUGCUGGGCUUUGUGGAAAGAGGGAAGAGGCACAAACGAAGCCCAUCAACGAGGCGGAAAGCUGCAGGCCGUAGAGUACGUCGAGGCAGGCCAGCCGACCGAAGGCGACGACAAGAGAACCCGCGUUGAACUAGAAUCAUCCUCCUUUGACGGGUUUUCAGUGGUUUGGACACCCGGCAUCAACGGCGCCCCCGAGUGCAACAUUGCUGUACGCUUUAACUUUUUGUCGACCGACUUUAGUCACUCCAAGGGUGUCAAGGGCAUUCCUGUAAGACUCUGCACCAAGACCAGCACGUUCCCGAUAGACACCGCGCAGCCAGCAGCCGACGCCAAUCCGGAGAUCUGUUUCUGCAAGGUCAAGCUAUUCCGCGACCACGGUGCCGAACGGAAGCUUUCCAACGACGUUGCACAUGUCAAGAAGACAAUCGACAAGCUCAAGCAACAAAUAACCCAAGCAGAAAGCGGCAUGAAGGACUUUGGGAAGCGCAAGAGGUCCAAUGCUGCAGCACAAGUCAAGGGUGCAGACCAGCGACCCGGCAAGGUUCAGAAACACAAGCGAACUUGGUCCAUGUCUUCCACCAGUUCAGCCGGGGCGGGGGCCCGCCCUCCUCUCGAAGAAGACUUGCACUUCAAGCUUCAAACACUGCAGGAUAUGUUCACUAGUACCCGGCCUGUGAGCGUAUUGUACCUGCGCGGCGAAGACCUCGACGAUCCAGACCUCCACCCCGUUUCGCUUCCCGGAGAGCAAGGCGAACUUGCCAAAGUAGAAUCCCGCGAGGGCCCAGCAUGGCAAGCGCGCAGUGGCCGCAGCUCCGUUGCCGGUUCAUCUCUAGUAUCACCUUCGCCAAGCUCCCUAUCGCUGGCGUCUCAGGCUUCAGUUGUUCCCAACCGUCAAUGGACCGGUUUCGAGGGCGAAGGCUCUGGUGAACCUGCUUCCCGGCAAGGGUCGGAUCAGCCUACAAAGGUCACCAAAACCGACGAUGCGGGCAAUUUGAGCGGCUGGAUCGAGGCACUAGGCGUGGACCCAGCUUACCGUCCACCCCCAGAGCGCGUGCUAACGCCCGCAGCCUGCUUCUACGUCAUUCGACCCAACACACACGAGCCCGAGAAACGGGAGUAUUACCGGGCUAUCUACCUGGCCCAGAGAAACCUCAAGGACUUCAACUACCGUGUGGCUGCCAAGUGGAAUCUAGACCCGUCAAAGAUUCUGCGGACAGUCCACGUCCUCGAUCGUGGUCUCGAGGUCGCGAUAGACGACGAUGUUAUCCAAGAACUCAGAGAAGGCCAAGACAUGGUGCUUGAGAUCAAGGAGAUCUUGCCCGAGAACCCUGUCCAGCUCAAACGCGAAUGGGACAUGGCCGUUGACCCAAGCGAUGGCGACGCCAUGGACCAGUCAUCUGCACAAGGCGGCUUCGAAUUGCGCCUUAACUUUUAAUACCACAUAAUUGGAUCCAUCUCUACUUCAGCAACAAUUGGAUGAGACUCGGAUUGGGGAUGGGCUUCAUUUUUCUUUAGCCCGUCACCAGGGAGGCCACUAGGAUAGGGGUGGCAUAGGCAUACACGCGCUCGCACACG